CAUCAAGAGCAAUGAUGAUGAGUAGCGCGGUCAAUCUUUUGUAGCUGGCCAUGCCACUCGUCGUCAUAUGCCGAUCGGCGGGCAGCUCAAACGAAGAUGGCCUCCAGCCUCGUCUGAGGGUCACGCUGCUGCUGUGAGACACGACACGACUUAGGCUCAGUUGACGACUUUUGGCACUCCGUCUGCACGGCCCAAUGAUCUCAGGGUCCAAGCAGGCCUCGCCUCGAUCCUCGACCCCUUCCACCGUCCUCAGACUGCCCAUCCAUCCAUUUCUUGAUCGCCAUUAUCGAGCAGCUGCCAGACUAUGAGACCGGACUGAGCUGGUGACACGAUCCUCUCUGCCAACAUGCCAUCUAGCCCCCCAAUGGUAAAGUCCUACUGGACGACCAUCGCCGAGCUCUUUGCAGCAUGCUGCCCCUGUAUCCGCCGCGGCAAGGGGCCUCGUAACGAGUACGAGCGUCUACUGGACGAGCAGGAAGACGAGGUCGAAGACCGGCUCGAAGAGUCCAGUGCGCUACUACGCUGGCUGUCCCUGCUCCUUUCAGGAGUCUAUCUCCCCUCCAACGACCAGCUCUACGCCGUCCUCUUUCGCUGCUCGGGAUGGCUGCAAGGCAUUGGCGUAUCUGAGCAAGGCGACCAGACGCUCUUGGGACCCGCAACGGGCAAGGUCGUCCAUGAAAGUCAGCUCCUCUGCAAGGAUAUGGCAAAGUGGCUUGCGAGUAGAGAUGCUGUGCUGGGAGGUCAAGGGGAGCAGGGAGUGCCCAACGGCAACAGUAGAGAAUCGAUACAGCGUAUCGCCUUCCACUUCUCGCGACUCGUACGCAAGCCUCCUCAGCCAACUACCGACGUCGAAGUCGAAGACGUCGUUCCCGAGGUAGCAAGCGUCAAAGCUGCGGCCGAGUCCGGCGCAGAAGACCUUCGCCUCUCCAUUUACUCGGUAGCCCAACUUGUCAUCGGCUUCGUAACGUCGCGUCAGCUCACCAAUCUCCUCAGGGACAGCCUCAACUUCGGCCGCGACAUGGCCGCAGAUGCGGUACAGGCAGGCGUCGAUACCUUGGCCAGUGCUGAGGGUACGCUACGCCCGAGCGAGCAGGAGAGAAACGAGUCGCUGCAGGAGGAGCUAGAAGGUAUGAAGCAGGGGGCCCAGGCCAACAUCAACGUCGCUGCGCAGCUCGACCCGCGAGCGGCCAAGGAAGCCGUCCAAGACCUGCCGUCCAACGCUGCAGAAGAGGCUCGCAAUCGUCUGCCCACACUCAACGGCAUAGCAGAGGCGACCGGGCGUAUCAUUGGCGAACUGGCUGAGGAGGACAACACCUUCCGCGAGGCCCUGCAAGCCCUCGUAGACCUGGCUGGUAAGUACCGUGACAUGAUCAAGACGGCAACAGAGGGGAGGGUGGCCGACAUACUGCCAGAUGUGGAGCGUAGCGAGGAUCAAAAGGAUAAGCCGCCCCUAUUCGAGUGGAAUCAAGACGUUCUUGAGCUCAGUGGUGCAGCUCGAGACCUGCUUGAGGGAAUGGCAGGCGGCAAAUCGCUCGAGCCUAUUCUGGCUGAGGUGCGUAUCCUUUACGCAGCCGUCAGCGAUGACAUCGUCAAAGCGAGCGAUGACUGGCUCAGUGAUGUGCAAGCAGCCCUCACCGCUAGCGGAGAGAAUGCAGACCGAGUAGGCCAGCUCCAGCAGAGCCUCUCCAAGCUAGCCGGAAAUCUCGAGCGAAUCAUCAGCGAUCGUCCGGACCUCCGCAGCAAAGUCGACAAGAUACUCUCUCUUUCCUCUCUCUUCCUUGGAGAAAUCCGUCGCGAACCACGGCUGAACCGAAUCGGUCAACGGAUUCAGGGUAUCUUCCUCACCAUCAGUAACGCCCUCGCCACACAAGCGCGCGGUCUCUCGCGUUCGGGAAGCGAGCUUCUCCACGACCUGAUCUCGUACAUCCUGCCCGCCCUGCUCAAGACGCUAGGCAACAUCCCGUUGCCGAGGGUCGAAUACACUUCACCCCAGGUGGAUGCCGCACUGGAUGAUGUGCGAAUCGCAGCCUUCAAUCUUGUGCCGGCAAAGGUGAAGGUCAGAAUGACGGAAAGCUUCGAGUGGAAUCGCACGCGCGUAAGGAUUGAGGAGCAAGCCAAGGCGAGUGUGAAGGAGAUGCAUGUAGAGGCGACGGGAGUCAGGCUGGCGAUGAAGGGUGUCAGCUUCUUUGUCAGGGAGAAGAUGACGCAACUUCCCUCGCCAAUGUGGGUGAACGGCCUAGCGUGCUGCGGAACUCCAAAACCCGAGGAGGACGAGGAGGGUCAUCUCGGCGCAUAUCGCGAGCAAGCCAUCCUUGACGCUGGGCUCUUCGGCCGGUCGGGCUCAACAGAAGGGGCGAGCAUGAUUGUUGACUUGAGCAAGGCUCCAUCCGGCGUAAGCCCCUUUGCAGCCGGCGAAGAGGAGGAAGACCAGGACACUCGAUCUCCCACUUUCUUCCAGGUGAACAAGGCCGCUCUUAAGCUCAGCGACUCCUUCGAUGUACGCUUGCGCCAGUCACGCCACUACAUCCUCAACACCGCCCUCCUCGAGCCCGUCGGCGCUCCUGUGGCGCGCAUGGUCCUGGAGAGUACCCUCUCUGGGCUGGUGCAGCACGGCCUCGAGGUGAUAGACGCUAAGGCUGCGGAUGUGUACGCAAGAGCGCAUCGCGUUGCUGCUCGUCGCAGCGAUUCAAGGCCAGAGUGGGAAGACUACGUGCGAGUACUCAUGAAUGACAAGGCGGGAAAAACUGCUCAGCGGCUACAGAGGGAGAAGAAGGAGCGCGAGGACGCUGCUGCUGCUGAGGCAAGAAUCAAGGCUCAAGCGCGAAAUGCUGGCCAAGAGGCAUCAACACAGCUUGAAGUCAAGCCCCUGGCCAUACUCGUCCAUCUGUCACCAGAUACCUCGCUCUCCAUCGGCGCCUACCCCACUCUGCUCCCCUCCUACGCCCAAGGCCCCACAACACAGCGCACACGCAUCCGCAAUGCCGUAGUACGCAACGAAUGGCAAGGAGAGCUGAAGCAACGCGCAGAUGAGACGCUUGAGGAGCUCGGCGGGGCUGUGGCUGGUGUGAAGGUUGCGGCGCGAGGUGUUGGGGAAGGAGUGGGUGAGGUAAGGGAGAUGGCUAGGGAGUCGAGAGAGUUGGCGGGCGAGCUGAGGGAGGUCAGGCAGGAGAGGGAGGAGAUAAUUGAUGAUGAGGAAGUGGAUCGGGGAGAGAGGGAGCCUGAGUGGUAUCACCCCGGCUUUGAUCUGUGAAUCGCUGGAAUAGCAUCACCGCCUCCUGUGCAAAUGAUUGCGCCGGCGCCCUUGGCGUCACAGACUUGGCCCGAUCGAUCGAGAUUGAGCCGAGCCCUUUCCGUGUCCAUGUGCGCAUCUCCACUUUCCCUUCUCGUUACUUUG